GGCGCGGGCUCGCCCCGCCCAGGGUGUCUUGCACCAGGGUUUUGUGGAAAGCUGAGGGAGCGACCCUGCCUGAGGCAAGGAUGGCGGUCUCUGCGCUCCGGCUGUGGCGUGCUGGCGGGCAGCUAAGAAGAAAGUUCCUAACUUGCUUGUCUUCUUGGAAGAAUCCUCCUCAAGUCCUAAAAUCCUCGCAACCAGAAGCUCUGCUCAAUAACACACUACCUUUUCCACCUCUACAAACAUUUACUGAUGAGGAAACGAUGAUGAAGAAAGUAGUCAAAAAAUUCGCACAGGAACAAAUUGCUCCUUUGGUUUCAAUUAUGGAUGAAAAUUCAAAAAUGGAGAAAUCUGUGAUACAAGGAUUAUUUCAACAAGGGCUGAUGGGCAUUGAAGUUGACACAAAAUAUGGAGGAACAGGAGCUUCCUUUUUCUGCUCUAUGCUAGUGGUAGAGGAGCUGGCCAAGGUGGAUGCAUCUGUGGCUCUCCUGUGUGACAUCCAGAACACAAUAGUUAACAACCUGUUUAAAAAGCACGGGACAGAAGAACAGAAGGCCACCUAUUUUCCUAAGCUGGUUACAGAAAAGUUAGGGAGCUUCUGCCUUUCUGAAGCUGGAGCUGGUAGCGACUGUUUUGCUUUGAAAACAAGAGCUGAAAAAAAAGGAAAUUACUACAUCAUCAAUGGGUCGAAGAUGUGGAUUAGCAAUGCUGAACAUGCAGAGCUCUUCCUGGUUUUCGCAAAUGUAGACCCCACCUCUGGAUACAAAGGCAUCACCUGCUUUAUAGUAGACCGAGAUACAGAAGGUUUUCAUAUUGGGAAAACAGAAAAAAAAUUGGGGAUCAGAGCUUCUUCCACCUGUCAGUUAACAUUUGAAAAUGUCAAGGUUCCAGAAACCAGUAUUUUGGGAGAUGUUGGACAUGGCUAUAAGUAUGCCAUAGGAAGUCUUAAUGAAGGGAGAAUAGGAAUUGCUGCUCAGAUGCUAGGACUAGCCCAAGGCUGUUUUGACUACACUAUUCCGUACAUUAAGGAAAGGAUACAGUUUGGCAAACGAAUAUUUGAUUUUCAGGGGCUCCAACACCAAGUGGCUCAGGUGGCCACCCAGCUGGAAGCUGCACGAUUAUUAACGUACAACGCUGCUAGGCUUGUAGAAGCCGGAAGGCCAUUCAUAAAAGAAGCGUCCAUGGCCAAAUAUUACGCGUCAGAGAUUGCUGGGCUAACAACAAGUAAGUGCAUUGAAUGGAUGGGAGGAGUCGGCUACACCAAAGAUUACCCUGUGGAAAAAUUCUUCCGAGAUGCAAAGAUUGGUACAAUAUAUGAAGGAACAUCCAACAUCCAGCUGAGCACCAUUGCAAAGAGCAUCGAUGCGGAAUACUGAUGCCUGGGGGACUGGGUCCUCUCUGGUGUCACUGGCAAACUGUGUCCAGCUACUGUGCCUUAUUGAGCAGAGGCUGCAGAGCAUUGCAGCGUUCUGUUUGAAGCCCCUUGUACUCACCCUCAGGCCUGGAUUUUAUUCCUUUCUCUUUCCAGUUCACCCUAAAGCUUCUUAUAAGCUUUUGUACACAUUUAUAUUUCUCAUCCUAGUUUGAGAGUACACAGAAGUUUCACUGUCCUAGCAUUUGGGAGGAUGAAAACGUGAAGUAUUGGUAUUGCUGACAGAGAUGGUCACUUUCUGUUUACUCAAUCUUUGUACUGCAGUGUGAGCUGGGGAACAUUGGUUACCGUUGGCAAUUUUUAUUCAGUAUUUUAUAGAUUCAGUGGGAAGUUGCCAAACAAGGUAGAAACUGAUAAAAUUUAUUUGGAAAAAUCUAGAACUCCUAGUUCUAAGUGUCAAAGAAAUAGUAGAAAAUAAAGAUAUAACUUGUAGGCCAUAUAACUGACAACAACCAAAAGCCCAAAAUAUUAUUUCACCCAACAAAAGCAGUAUGUUUGGCUGCUAUAAUUGACCUGUAUGAAAGAUAUAUUAUGUGGUGGCUUUUAGCAGGUCAUUAAGAAAAGAAAACAUGUUCCUGUAUUAGUCUUCAACUAUACAGUUUAAAUAAUUUGGCCUAAAUCAUCUGAAAAUGAUUCAUUAUAUCAUGAACUAUUUUUCAGUAGUAUGAUUUAUUUCUGUAUUUUAAUUGAAUAUUUUUCUCUCAUUCUUGAUUAUUGGACUUUAUCCUAAUAGUAAUUAAUUGAGAAAUUCAAUUUUGGUUUUUAAAAUUGAUUCUCAAAAGAAAUUUCUAACCCAUAUAAGGAAAUACUCUCACAAUCUCAUAAGGAAUGGGGAACAGGAGAUUAGAUAGUCUUAAAAGGCGCAUUCAAUAUAAAUAGAUGUAGUCAUUUAUAGAGUAUAUUAAGUAAUUUUAUAUUUAUGAAGACAAAGAUCUAUAUUUUACAAUGAAAAUGAAAAACAGGCAAAGCCUAAUCAGAUCUACAGCUGGCAAAGCCAUUGAUCAGUGGUGGGAACUUAACAGGGAGGAGAAGACCCUCUAGUUACAGAUCCUGAGUCCUCUGGAAAGAGAAGUAGACAGCAGACAAGUGAGUUUCACAUUUCCUGAGGAAACACCACACGUUAGCUGUGAAAAAUGCCCUAAGGUACAUGCAGUUGCUGAAAAUAACCAUUACUUCUAUACAGAAAGUAUUUUAGUAGUUUUGCAAAAUGAUAAUGUUUAUUAAGAAAACCUGACAUUUUCUAGGUAAUUUUGCUUUGCACAGUCAUGUUUAUUGAGCUAAAUUAAUUUCCACAAUGCAAAUCAUAGUUAAAUAUGCAAGGUUGUGUAAAUACGGUUGAGAUAGAAAUUACAUUAAAACAGUAGGAAGAAAUAGGACAAAUUUUGACUUUAAAUCCAAAGAGACAAAAUCUACUUGACUUUCAAAUGGGGAAAUGAUGAAAGUCCCAGUCUUUCAGAACGGACAGAUAGGUGUGAUAAGAAUGUAAGGGAUGGAUGCGGUGCCCCAACGGGGCUCGGACAUCUUCCCCUUCUGUGACUGAAAGAUGUGGGCUUGCAGACAAUGCUGUCGGAGUCAGUGUGAGUAAACAGACUUCACCGUUCCUCUUCUAGAGUGAGAAACACGGAAGUGUGACAAAUGCCAUGCUCUAACUCACAGCACGAGCAGAGACUGUCCUUUACGUAUUUGCACUUUAAGUGUGUCUGUGGAGUUCUGAUUCUGUGUAUAUGUUUUGCACCUAUUCACAAAGAAUAGUGAAUAUGUAUUAGCUCUUAGUAUAAUUAACAUAUGAACUUGCCUGCUUCUGUCAUUGAGAUCUUAUAUCGUUUAACCAGAGAGGAUGUUUGGGGUCUACUCAUAUUUCUUCUGUUAUGGGUUCUGAUUUCCAUGACUUUGUAAUCCAUCAUGAAACUACGUAUCUUAGUUUGUGUUCGGUAAGAAGCCUAAAGCUGUUUGUUAAUUUGGGGAUUAAGAUGACACAGGGCACAGGAGAUAAAGAACUGACCUGUUAUAUACAGAUGGAACUGUUUGCUGAGUUUGUAUUCUUAGAGAUUUCAUUUAUCACAUGAAAAUCAAUUAUGGAAUCAAUGCCAUGGACUUGACGAUCAUGGAAAUUUAAACCUAGAAAGAACAUAGGAAACCAUAAAAGACAACUCUGUCAAUUUAAAGGUGAAAUACUCUUAACCAAGUUUGCUUUUUCAGAUCAUCCACCUAAGGUCAAAGACAAGAAUGUAGGGCUGGCUCCAAUUCAGCAUUUUUUCUGUUACCAAACAGUUGUUCAACAGAUAUUGGUCUUUGCCCUUAUUUUAUUUUGUUGUUGAUUUAUUUCAAGUUUAACUGAUAAAGAACGAACAUUUCAGUAGUGUUGUAAUUGAUCAGUCACUUGCCAAGACUCUUAGGCUAUCAAAGGAAGUCAGGUCUGAAGAUGGCUGUAUGAGAUCAUUUGGCAUCACUGUUAGACUGUUUUUCAAGAAAUACUCUGAAGGGUAUUUGUGCUGAUCUGUCAUAAAGUGAAAGUUUCAUUUUAA